UUUAAUUGGAUAGUUUUUGAUUAACGAAGUUUGUUAAAUAGCAGAUUUUAAUUUUUCCGAUAAUUAUUACGUGCAUUAUGACCCACAAAGAAAUGACAUUAAAACCACUAAACCAACACAAAUCACACACUUAUUUACAUUUACACGAUGCUUUUCAGUGCAAUAAUCCUAAUCCUAGCCUUGAAUUAUUUCUAUUACAAAUGGAAAUUUACUUACUGGCAAUGCAAAAAAAUCCCAACUUUGGCCCCAAAAAUCCCCUUCGGCGACCUCCCCAACCCUUUGAAACAAGCGGAAGCCACGGGUGUUCACAUCAAACGUCUCUAUGACCAAAUCAAAGGCAAAGGCUGGAAACACGCCGGUUUGUAUUUUUUGGCACGUCCUGUAUACAUGGUGGUCGACUUAGAGUACGUGAAAAAUAUCCUAACUAAAGAUUUCCACCAUUUCGUCGAUCGGGGAUUUUAUUUCAACGAAAAGGACGAUCCGAUAAGUGCCCACGUUUUCGCAGUCGGCGGCCAAAAAUGGCGAAACUUGAGAACUAAACUAACCCCAACUUUCACCUCCGGGAAAAUGAAAAUGAUGUUCCAGACGUUACUAGAAUGCGAAGCUAAUUUGCUAAAACGCUUCGAAAAGGAACACAAAAGUGCGAUCGAUAUUAAAGAUAUUUUGGGCUGUUUUACAACUGAUAUAAUCGGUUCUUGUGGUUUUGGCCUCGAUUUUAACACUUUUGAGGACGAAAAUUCGCCCUUCCGUAAAUACGGGAAAAAAGUUUUCGCCUCAAAUCUCACAAGAAGGCUCCAAAUUUUUUUCUUCACUCAUUUCCCGUCAAUGGCACGGGCCCUAAAAGUGCGCCACUUUUCCAAAGACGUGGCCGAUUUUUUCACAAAAGUGGUGAAAGACACGGUCGAGUUCCGGGAGAGAAAUAAUUACAAGCGCAAGGAUUUUAUGCAACUUUUGAUUGAUUUGAAAAAUUGCAACUCUGGACUGACCUUGAACGAAAUUACGGCCCAAAGUUUGAUUUUCUUUUUGGCGGGUUUUGAAACCUCGUCCACUACCAUGACUUUUGCACUUUACGAACUUGCCAAAAACGAGAAAAUACAGGAGCGGGUGAGAGACGAGAUUUUUUCAAUUCUGGGUGAAGAAAAAAUCACGUAUGAAGCGCUCCAAAAAAUGAAAUACUUGGCACUUGUUAUAAAUGAAACUUUAAGGAAGUACCCGCCACUGUCUUUCCUGACGCGGGAAUGUGUCCAGGAUUAUAAAAUCCCGGACCAGGAUGUGAUCAUAGAAAAGGGAACAAAAGUCGUAAUUUCAAUUUUGGGGAUGCACAGGGACCAGGAAUUUUAUCCUGAUCCUGAGACAUUCGAUCCUGGGCGUUUUUCGGAAGGUAAUGUUGUCUCAAGACACCAGUAUGCCUAUAUUCCCUUUGGGGAAGGUCCCCGAAUUUGUAUGGGUUUAAGGUUCGGAAUGAUGCAAACUAAAGUCGGGUUGGUUUCGUUGUUGCGAAAAUUCAAGUUUACAGUGAAUGGGAGGACGAAAGAACCAAUCAAGUUUGAUGUGAGGGGUUUUAUUUUGGCUGCGGAGGGCGAUAUUUGGCUCAAUGCCCAAAAAGUGUGCUAAUAUUUUGUAGUGUUUUAAA